GGGGCACCCAGGCUCGGGUAAGGCGGCCUACCCCCGGCUCGGCUCGGGUUCGUCUGUCCCAGGUGGUGGGUCUCUGACGGCCUUAGGCUCGUGCAGCCCUCGGCUUCCCGCCUUCAGGCCGAGGGUUUGGAUACUGAGGGGCGGGGAAGGAAGGAUUCCUUUACCAUGAGGUCCUCCCUACAGGCGGUGGCACUCUGGGGAAGGAAGGCACCUCCUCACAGCAUCACUGCCAUCAUGAUCACUGAUGACCAGCAAAUGAUUGUGACAGGAAGUCAAGAGGGUCAACUCUGCCUCUGGAAUCUCUCAUCUGAACUAAAGAUUUCGGCCAAAGAACUUCUUUUUGGUCAUUCAGCUUCGGUGACGUGUUUGGCGAGAGCGAGAGACUUCUCUAAACAGCCCUUCAUAGUUAGUGCUGCUGAAAAUGGGGAGAUGUGUGUUUGGAAUGUCACCAAUGGACAGUGCGUGGAGAAGGCCACACUUCCUUACAGGCACACUGCAAUCUGUUAUUACCACUGCUCAUUCCGGAUGAUAGGAGAAGGCUGGCUUCUGUGUUGUGGAGAAUAUCAAGAUGUUCUUAUAAUUGAUGCCAAAAGUUUGGUUAUUAUUCACACUUUCAUAUCAUCUCAGUCUCCGGAUUGGAUCAACUGCAUGUGCAUUGUUCACUCCAUGAGAAUUCAAGAAGAUUCUCUCUUGGUAGUGUCAGUAGCUGGUGAGCUCAAAGUAUGGGAUCUCUCUUCAUCUAUCAACAAAAUUCAGGAAAAGCAAGAUGUUUAUGAAAAGGAAUCCAAAUUUCUUAAUUCCCUGAACUGCCGGACAAUACGAUUUUGCACGUAUACAGAGAGACUUCUACUGGUGGUAUUUUCUAAAUGUUGGAAGGUUUACGAUUAUUGUGAUUUUUCUCUUCUUUGGACUGAAGUUAGUGGGAGCGGGCAGUUCUUUGCUGGUGGAGAGGUGCUUGCUGCUCACAGAAUCAUCAUUUGGACAGAAGAUGGUCACAGUUAUAUCUAUCAGCUGCUGAACAGUGGGCUUUCAAAAAGCAUAUACCCUGCUGAUGGAAGAGUGCUUAAAGAGACCAUUUAUCCUCAUUUACUGUGCUCUACUUCUGUGCAGGAAAAUAAGAGCCUUCCCUUUGUUAUGGGCUACAUGAAUGAAAGGAAAGAGCCUUUUUAUAAGGUACUUUUCUCUGGAGAAGUCUCAGGAAGAAUUACUUUGUGGCACAUCCCUGAUGUUCCUGUAUCCAAGUUUGAUGGUUCUCCUAAAGAGAUACCAAUAACUACCACCUGGACCCUUCAAGAUAAUUUUGAUAAGCAUCAUACCAUGUCACAAAGUAUUAUUGACUACUUCUCUGGGUUUAGAGAUGAGAAUGGAAUUGUGGUUGUCACUUCAUCAGAGUAUGUUCCAAGUCUUGAUAAACUAAUAUGUGGCUGUGAAGAUGGGACAAUUUUCAUUACACAGGCUUUGAAUGCUGCCAAAGCAGGACUUCUAGAAGGCGGUUCUUUACUAAAAGGUUCCCUUCCUCAGAAAGUUCUCAAAGGCCAUCACCACAGUGUUACUUCCUUGCUUUAUCCACAUGGUCUCUCUUCAAAAUUAGACCAAAGUUGGCUGGUGUCUGGGGACCAGGACUCAUGGGUCAUCUUGUGGGAUAUCUUUACUGAAGAAAUUUUGCAUAAAUUCUUUUUGCAAGCUGGUUUAGUAACGAGUCUUUUGAUGUCACCAGAGAAUUUCAAACUACGAAGUCAUCAGGUAAUUUGCUGUGUGUGCAGUGACCAUUCCGUGGCUCUCCUUCACCUUGAGGGGAGGAGGUACCUCCUGAGCGCCCGAAAGCACCUUUUCCCUGUGAAGAUGAUAAAAUGGCAUCCCGUCGAGAACUUUCUAAUUGUUGGAUGUGCAGAUGACUCUGUAUACAUCUGGGAAAUUGAGACAGGCACUUUGGAAAGACAUGAAACGGGAGAAAGAGCAAGGACUAUUCUUAAUUGUUGUGAUGAUUCACAGCUUCUAAAGCCUGAAUCUGUACUUCCAGUUGCCUCAGAGACACGUAAGCACAAAAGUGUAGAACAGAGGUCCCCCAGCUCCUGCCAGUUUGGGCCAAUACCUUGCCCUGGUCUGCAGGUGGAGUCUUCAUGUAAGGUCGCUGAUGCCAAGUGUUUCUCAGGACCUUUUAAUGUCUUGCCUGUGAAGACAAAAUGGAGUAACAUUGGUUUUCAUAUCCUUCUAUUUGAUCUGGAAAACCUUGUUGAACUUUUGCUGCCAACUCCAAUCUGUGACGUUGACCCUUCCAAUUCAUUCUAUGGCAGUGAGAUCCUGAGAAGAGCCAAAAGCACAGUAGAGAAGAAAACACUGACACUGAAAAGAAAUAAAACUGCCUGUGGUCCUCUCUCAGUGGAGGCACAAGCCAAGCCUGUUAGUGAAAGCCCAGCCCAAGGAGAAAAUACCGUGAAGUUAUCAGAAGAAAAUGAUGGCAUUAAAAGGCAGAAGAAAAUAAAGAGCUCCAAAAAGAUGCACCCUAAGCAAUCUAGAAAAGUCAAUGCCAACCUCACAAUAGACACAGCUAAAUUGCUCCUAUCUUGCCUUUUGCCAUGGGGAGUGGAUAAAGAAUUAGACAAUCUUUGCAUUAAGCAUCUCAAUAUUUUAAAACUUCAGGGUCCCGUUUCUUUAGGACUUGCUUCAAAUGAAGAUCACUUCUCAUUGAUGCUGCCAGGUUGGGAUUUAUGCAAUGCUGAAAUGAAAAAAGACUAUUCAAAAGUAAAUUUGUUUUCCAGAAAAGUUUUGGACUUGUCAAAUAAAUACACUUCCACUCUUCCAAAUCAGGCUGGGAUGCCAAGAAGACCGGAAAAUAAUUCUGAUUCUUUGCAAGAGCCAAACACUAUCUUUUACUUAUUGAGCAAACUAUUUUUAGUUAAUAAGUUAGUUAACAUGCCUUUAGAACUGGCAUGUGGAAUUGACAGUUCUUUCACAAUGGAGUCUGUGCAUAAGAAGAUGAAAAGUCCUGGGAAUGAUAUUUUAAAUAUUUCAAGCUUCUACGGUUAUUUACAAAAUGGUAAGAGUGAAUCCCAUCUACCUGAAGCUGACGUUUCACUUUUGAAGCUAAUUUCCUGUUGGAAAGACCAGUCUGUCCAGGUAACUGAAGCAAUACAAGCUGUUCUUUUGGCGGAAGUUCAACAGCACAUGAAAACCUUAAGAAAGACUCCAGUCGACAGUGAACCAGUGUCGGUGGCAGAGAAUGGUGACUAUGAGAUGACACAGAUCCUGCCAAAGACUGAAUGGGCCAAGGAGCCAGAGUUACAGUGUAUUACAGACACUUUGCCUCUGCAAACUCCAGUCAGUCUGGUCAAGCAUGACAGCAACUCAAACUCGGCAAACUUCCAAGACACCGAGGACAUGCCUGACAGAUGUGUCUUGGAAGAGUCUGAGAAUCCAGGUGAACGAAGGCAUCAUUUAUGGAGAGCAAAGGUGUGCUCCUGCAAGCUGUGCUAAAUGGAAUCUCAUCUGUUGAACUGGAUUUGGACAAAUUAAGAAACCCCAAACAUGCCAGUUGUUUAUCAUUGUGUAUAAGCUAUGUUUUUAUUAGUCUAGUUAUUAGUUUGUAGUAAAUCUGCUGAUACUUUGGCCAGAGUCAUUACCGAUGGAAAAUAUUCAAAUUCAUCUAAUUUUAGAAAAUCAUUGUCUAAAUCAUUCAAUGCCUCUUACUUUUGUUUGACUAUUUCCAACAAGGAGUGCCAGCCCACAGACACAAAUUUAAUACCAUUUUAGAUUUUCUUCCAUUUUUCAGUUCCUGAAUUAUAUAACCCUAUUGCUUUUAAACAAUGUAACAAACAAUGCUUUUAAAUUUAAUGUUGCUUAAAUGUAUUUGAUCUAAAACUUUACCAAAUUUGUUUCAUUUGUUAGGUUAGGAUAUUUUGUCUUAGUAGAUGCUUUAAUUCAGAUCAAUCACCCUAUGGUAAAUCUCAUCCUUAAACAUGAAAUGUCAACAAAUAGCCAAUUCCAUUUAGUCAUCAAUUAGCCCAAAUAAGUGAUACACAGUAUAAUAGGGACCAAUCUUGUGCAGUCAAGUUAAUUUAGACUUCUAAUGACAUAGAGGCUAAUGUCUUUCGCUAAAGGUUGAUCUUGUUGGCCAUAUACAUGUAAACUAGGGAAGGGGAAUCUACUGAUAGCACAUCACAACUGAUCUUUAAUAAGUAAAAACUCUUGUAGUUCUGUUCCCAGAAAGAAGCUUGACUAGCAGGAAUUCUCAAACUAAAAUAUGGGAAGCAAUAUAAAUAAGAACAGACAUAAAGUGCUCAUAUAUUAAGGCCUUUAGUGAUCUGAUUUAUUUGCUGUGAUUUAUAUUGUAUAAUUCCUGAAUUUAUAGAAAAUCAUCAAGAAGAUUAUUAGUGUGCAUAUGAAUACAAAUAUUGACUAAUCCAUAGAAAAAUGGAAAUAAAGUGUUAAAUAUAUGAUAUAUAUCUUUAUAUAUCUAUCUAAUAGGGAAGUUAUAGUCACUUCAAUUCAACAAACAUUUUUUGGGGCAUCAGCAUCAGGUUCUGUACAAGGGAGGAUGCAGUGGGCAAGGGAGAGGGGGAGAUUAGAGAAUAGAGCUAUAAAAUUGAAAUAGAAUGGUUUCUACCCUUACAGAGCUUAUAAUUAAUGACUGGAGUAAAUGAAUAUACCAGAACUAGAGAGGUGAGUGUGACUGUUUUAAAAUAGACAAAAAUGUGUGUUCUUUUCUUUCCUAAAAGAUAUUACUUGAAAUUACUUUUGAGUUGUAUGUCACUAACAAUAACAUAUUGUUAAUAUGAAUAAUGAUGGAAAAUUACCAUCCUUUGAAAAAAUAUACAUGUAUGUGUGUGUGUGCUUCCCUCACCCCUCUGAAAAUUGUCAAAAGACAUGUGGAACAAAUUUCAAAAUAAGGGAAGGUAGCAAGCUAGGCAAUGGAACACAUUUUCUUGCACGCUGUUUUCUGGCUCUGAAAGCCAUUACAAGGAGGACUCCCAAAAAUAUUAUUAAUGAUAGCAAUAUCAAAUAAGGAUAUAUCCUCUCACAAGGGCAAUUUUAAUAGUUGAAACUAAUUCAGAUGCUCAAGUUCUGUUAUGUUUAUUAAAAAUAAACUUGUUUUUAUAGCUAUGUCCUAUUAUUCUUUUUUCAAAGAAGAAAAAAAAUAAGUUUAAAUAGUUGCCAUAUUUAGCAUUUUUUCAGGUCCAAGGAAACCAAUAUUGAAUUCUUGAUAAAUGUUUUAUUAUGUCACUAGCUAUAGGAAAUUAGAAGUAGCAUAACCCUGACAUUACUAAAUGAAAUUUUUAAGAUUUUUUUGGUAACACAGUUUAUAGUUGCUAAAAUUUAAAAAUUCCUAUCGAAUGACUAAUUAAAACCUUUUAUCAAUACGAAUUCUGGAGACCAACAGCAUUAAUUAUCAAAACUUUUAAUUCCUAAAAAUGAGAGUUUUAGAGAUAGACAUUUAAAUAAUGUUCCCUGAUAUACAUGUGCAAGUGUAUUUAUGACACAGAUCCACUAGUCUGUUUAAAAAUAAUGAUAUUGACUUACUUUCAACAUGUUUCAGGAAUUUCUGUUGUGAGGAGAAUUUGAAAUAGUAAAUUGCCACACAAUUAAAUGGAUCACUCAUAUCGUCCCUAGAAACUCAAAACUGACUGCCUCUUAAUUAGGUGUUUGUCCCUUUGUAUGUACAGUCUUAGGUAAGAGUGGAGUAAUUGUAUUAGCAAACAAAUGUGUUUGUAUCCAGAGUCUUCCUUGGCAUUGUAAUAAGUAAAUCAUUUAAAAAUUA